AGUCUAAGGAGAUAGGAACUGAAGAGAUUAGAAUAUAGGUAAAAAGUGAAUGAAUUGAGAUACAGUUAGUCGUUAGUCUCGUCAGAUUGUGACUUGGAUAGUCAGAGAUGUGGAGGUUAUUGGUUUGCGUUGCCGUCAGCGUCUUAGCUGUGUCCCAGGCUCUAGUGGGCAAGCCAUGCACCCAAGUGUCUGAAUGUGAUACUGGUGAGUGCUGUCAGAUUUUAAAUCAGUUUAUGGUGGUGAGCAAGAGACAAGCCAUCAGCCUCUUCCAGAACCCAACUAAUGGCACUUGUCAGAAAUACCGAUUAGAGGGAGACAACUGCAGCUCAUUUGAAAAGAUGAACGGUUACUGUGGAUGCGAACCAGGGACCACUUGCCACAUGUACGAGGUGCCUCUCCCCACCGCCCUUGCCCAGCCCAAGAUGAUGGUUGCAGCAAGGCCUGGCUACCAGUGGGUGUCCAAGUGUGAGAAGCCUACCGCAUAAGUGUACACUGAAUGUAAUACUUCAUAAAUACCCUCACCUAAUGAAGGCAUAUAGAGCGCAAUGUGUUGCAAUAUUCAUCAAAGUUUCUAUUUCAAAAGAAAACAAAUUGUGAAUUGUUAUCA